GAUUAUUAAGGAUUCGGACGAUUACCAUUCCCAAGGCAUAAAUAUAUCAUUGGCCAGCUCGGACUAAACCCUGGGAGUCCCGCCGAGCUGUAGCUAGCGUCUCCGAUCUGGCAAGGAUAUACUGCAUGUAAAGAUAUCUCUCAUAAGUUCGCAUCGUCUCAGUCACUGGCACUGGUUCAGGUACUCCCACCGAAAGCUGAUUAACACUUCUCAUAUCGAAGAUACGCGAAAAAGCAUCUCGCUCUUAGUGGUCCCCUCGGAUCGGACCCCCUUCAUGAGACAUUAGCCACCUUUUCUUUUUCGCAUCUUGUCUAUCCUUAUGGCUCGAAAAGGCAGUCGUAAGGUAAGGACAGGCUGUCUAACCUGCAAAGCACGCAAGGUAAAGUGCGACGAGGCGAAGCCACACUGCAACCGGUGCAUCAAUACCGGCCGCGCGUGCGAUGGCUACGUCUCUAAACCAACCCCCGGGUUGCUCUGGCAUCGACCGCGCCAGCAAUUUCAAAGUAUUGAUAGCGCAAGCGAAGGGAGAGCCCUGCAAUUUUUUUGCGAAAAGACUGCCCAAUUCCUGUCAGGUGCCACAGAUCCAUACUUCUGGACCCAUCUGGUUAUGCAGUUCAGCAACUUUGAGCCGGCCGUCAGGCACUCAGUAGUUGCCAUCAGCUCGUUAUAUGAACAGUUUCAAGAUGAGUCCGCGUCUCAUUCUGACGUCCAACUAAGAGACAAUAGCCUUGCGCUGCAACAUUAUAAUGCUGCCAUCCGCGAGCUAAAAACGACGGAUAACCAACCCCUGGUGUUACUGGUCUGCAUUCUCUUUAUCUGCAUCGAGUUCCUGCAGUCCAACAAAGAGGCAGCUAUUCAACACUGCAAACAUGGCAUCGCAUUAUUGGAGAAUACCAAUUACUCAUGGGCGAGAGAACACCUAGUACCAGUCUUCCGACGCCUAAGCAUCUUCCCAUACUUCUUUGGGGUUGGGAGUGCAGACUUCCCCGACUUAGUCUCCGUGGAUGAACCUCUGCCGCCAAUUUUUAACACUUGGGCCGAUGCCCAAAUAUCGAUGGACAGCAUAAUGAGCCGGACACUGAAACUUGUGAGGGGGGGUGACAUGUACCGGUUCGGAAGUUUAAGAUAUAAAGGAAUACCCCCCGACCAAUUGAGAGAGCAAGAAGAAAUCGGAUAUCUCUUAAACGAAUGGCACAUAUUAUUCCAGGGCCUGGACACCAGGUCGGGGCUACCGGCCACACCCGUGGCCGAAAAGAACAAGCUUGGGAUGGACUUCAUUCAAGCAAUGUCGCGUGUCAUCCUCUCAGUACGCUACGAGACAUGUCGAAUCUGGUUAGGCAUAGCUUUCGAGGCUAACGAAAUAUGUUAUGACUUUCAUCUCGACAGUUUCCGCCGAAUACUUGACUCGUGCUUAUUACUUGACGCCGCCGUCCCCGCCGCCGCUCGGACCCCGACAGCUAAACGUAGUCCGCGGUUCAUAUUCGAGACGGGCUUCACGCCGAUAAUCCACUUCAUGGCAACAAAAUGUCGCGAAUAUAGUAUGAGACUAGAGGCCUUACGGUUGAUAAAAGUACUCGGCGUUCCGAGAGAGAAUUUAUGGGAGGUUGACCAGAUGUUCGCAAUAGCUCGGCGAGUUAUCGAAAUAGAGCAUGGUGUCUCGUUGGAUGGCUCCGGACAGCCUAUCACCGCACCAAUAUAUCCUAACUUUCCACCUGAUGAGAAAAGGAUACGGUUCACUCCAACAGAACCUAAGGCGGCUGUGUAUGUUGAUCAAAACGGAAAGGAGACAAGGGGAUGGUCCGUCGGCUUCAUCAUGCCCGGUCAGCAAGGCAACUUUUCUAUGCAUAGCGAAUUCAUUACCUGCUAGAUGUCCUGGUCGCUGACUCGAUUUUGAUGGCAGUCACAAGUUUUCAGGAUGUUAUAAGUCACGAUGAACCGAAUUGGACUGGGUUUCCUUAGAUACCCGAGUUUGUUUCCAGUCCUAUUUCGAUCGAAUGAUUAUUUAUAUUGAUAUAUAUGAUAUCUGGUAUCUUUUCCAC